UCAUUUUUCUGCCGUCAGGCCAAUGCAGAUAUACAGCUUGCUUCAGUGCAGUAGUGAAAUGGAUCAUUGGGCACUUUAAUCAGGGUAUUUUGUCAUUACUAAAAACUGCCGCUGAAAUGAUCCAGGAAAUAGAAUGGCUUCUACUAUAUGCACAGUACGUCUGUACUAAUUUCUUCAUUGUUUAAGUCUCUUUGGCGUGGCUAUACGUGCCGUCUUCUGAAUGACCACAGUCCACCGUCAACUCCCCGGCUGCGACACUUCGUAGAGGGCAUGGCUGAACCCAGCUGGAAGGGAUUUUUCCUCUCCGCAUUUGAUUAUAAAACAGAGAAAUAUGUCAUUGCGAAAAACAAGAAAGUCGGAGUGUUAUAUAGAGUCGUCCAGCUCGCAAUCAUUGGAUACAUUAUCGGAUGGGUUUUCCUGACAAAGAAAGGUUAUCAGGAAACAGAGGAGUCUGUCCAGAGUUCUGUGAUCACUAAACUCAAGGGGGUGUCCCUCACCAACACUACAGACACUGGGCUCCAUCUGUGGGGUCCUGAGGACUAUGUCAUUCCACCCCAGGGGGAGACAGUAUUUUUCAUUAUUACAAAUUUUAUUGAGACUCCAAAUCAGAGACUAGGAUACUGUGCUGAGAGCUUUAGGGUGCCGGAUGGCCUCUGUAGGGAAAAUGCUGACUGUGCAGAGGGUGAAUCGGUCAUAGCUGGCCAUGGAGUUAAGAGUGGACGCUGCUUGAAAAAGGACAGGAACUCUACUGGCACGUGUGAAAUAUAUGGCUGGUGUCCCAUUGAGAGAAACCGACAACCACAGGAACCCUUGUUAAGAAAGGCUGAGAACUUCACAAUCUACAUAAAGAACUUCAUCAGAUUUCCUAGAUUUGGAUUUUCAAAAUCGAAUGUUCUGGAUACAGCUAAUGACACAUAUUUAAAAAGAUGCUCAUACGACAAGAUCACCCAGCCAUACUGCCCUAUCUUUCGACUGGGAGAUCUUGUUAGUUGGUCUGGACAUGAGUUCCAGGACAUGGCAUUGAUGGGAGGGUCGAUCGGAAUUCUGAUCGAAUGGAACUGUGACCUGGACAAGGGCUACUCCAGGUGCAAUCCACACUACAGCUUCACCCGUCUGGAUGUGAAGUCUUCAGCCAGUUCCAUCACAUCCGGAUACAACUUCAGAUACGCACGCUAUUACAAAAGUGGAGCAGGGCAGAGUUAUCGAACGCUAUAUAAAGUCUAUGGAAUUCGCUUCGACAUCAUGGUCCAUGGGAAGGCUGGGAAGUUUAAUAUUAUCCCCACAAUAAUUAAUAUUGGAUCUGGACUUGCUUUAAUGGGUGCAGGGGCAUUCUUCUGUGACCUGGUGCUGCUCUACAUGAUGAAGAAGAGUACAUUCUACAGAGAGAGUAAAUUUGAAUCUGCCAAGUAUGACUCCGUAAUAUCACAUUUACACACUGGUUCUUGUGCGUGGGUUUUUUGUGCCUCUCUAAAGGAACAGCACUAGCCAUAAAACGGGAGAGGGGAAGACAGAGGACAGGGUGCACAGGAAACAGAUCCUGGAGCGGCGGCAGCUGACCGAUCUGUCGCCUGAAGCUUAGCAGACGAACAGCUCAAAGAGGAUGAGCUGUUGGCAUCAGAGCACAGAAACGGGCGGGGGCCGGAUGGAUGGGACAGAGCCUUCCGUCAGCAUCCCUCCCCUUUCAUCUGGAACUCGGCAGUGCCAGGUCAGCCUCAUGGACAAGGCCAUGCUAGACUCCAGCCUCGACAUGCCACAGCUUGAAUGUAUUACCAUUCUGUCAAGCUGAAAGACAGAGAACAAGCGUGACCACAGGACAGAUCUGCCAAAGAACACAACAGCAUUGCUGUGCCCCCCCCCGGGCAGGCCCCACAAGCGAUGAGCUGAAAAAAAUACACUGACAUUUCUGUCUGGCCUUUCUGCCUUCUGUGGUUCUCAGCCCCACUGUUAUCAGCAGAUGGGAGAAGCCAUGUUAUGACACGCUUGCAAGGCAAAACAUUUUUUGCAAUAUAAACAAAUGUUUUCGUAGCAGUGAAAAGCAGUGCAUUGGACAUGUUCAAAUCAGGUUGACACUCUUUACGCUAGAAAAAUGCAUGAUCCUGCAAUGACUUGAAUUGUGAUUCAGAAUUGCAUUGUGCUUGCAGUUUCAUCAGAAAUCUAUGUAGAAUUGCUUGUGUUCAUCCGCCCUCCACAGUGUAGACUGCAUUUGAUCUCUCGGUCCCCCGGAGAGAAAGGGAACCACUUUAGUGUGAAUCGCUGGGAUACAGAACAAGUCCGACAAGUUGGUAUCAUUAUGUCUAUACAUCUGUUCCAAAGUGGAUUUAGCCUUUUUACACCAAACAGAUAGUGGCUUUAAUAUUUCCAGAAACAGACAUCACUACCAUCUUUAUGUGACCAAGUGAAGACUCAGUGAAUGGGAUGGGACAGUAGGGCUGCAUGAAACUGGGCCGCUAUUCAAAUCCAUGACAGAGAAGUGUUUACUGAGAGAUCAUUCCAGAAGAAGGAACUAAAUGUGUGGACUGUUAUUAAGUAAAUGCUACACUGACAAUUACUGUAAGCCUUUCUACAUAUUUUUUUUAUUUUUUUUUGAAAUAUCUGUGGGCAAUGAAAAUCCGCAGAAUCAGACCAUAGCUAUAAUAGAGACAAAAUGAAACAUCACAUUUAAUAAAUUGAAUUAAGUAAUAUACAAGAUGACCACACACAAAGCCAUACAAAAUAUUUUAUUUUGCACUGCAAUAUGCUGAUUUCUGAAUGUCUAACCAAUAUUGUAGUCUUGGAGAAUAAGUUUGGUGGUUUCAAAGUAUUUAUUCGUAGAGUGUGAUAAAAUGUAUGCAAAAAGCUUUAAUUAAAAGCUAAUGACCCAGAUCGGCAAUCUAUUCAUUUGAGCAGACCAAGAACAGCUUUUCCAAAGCUUUAAGUCUGUGAGAUUUAUAGCACAAAUAUACAUCAGGAAACAGAAGAGCCUAAAAAGAAUAUCUCCAAGCCAUAUAGUCAAGUAUAAAAUAUGCAGCAAGAUGUUUUAUACCCGAACUCGUUCUGCCCCCGUAAGAUCUCAGUUGCAGUGAAUCACUUGAAUAAAUUUGAACUUGAA